AUGAGCACAAAUUUGCUCACGAAAAGUCCUGAUGACAUUUUCAAGGAUGACAGCUACUUUCUGUGGGAGUCCGCUAUCCGCAUGACUCUAGCACGGAAGAAGUUGCUCUUCCAUCUCGAGAUAAAGCUCGAGAAUACUUCGGCGCAGGCAACUACCGGGUGGAAGACUGCCGACCUGAACGGGCUGGACAUCGUUGCAAAAAAGUUGAUUACUUCUUACCAAUUAAUGAUUCUAAAUGCGUUGUCUGCUGCGGAGGCGUGUGGACGAUUUUGCGCGUGUUCCACGUCAAACGAAGCUUUCACAGCCGUGUCCAAUUUUGCAAGAGACUCCAUGAGUUUCGGUCUUGCUGCUGUCGGUGACGAGAGUAAGGUCGUUGAGCGCUUGGUGAUUUUUCUCGGUAGUCUGUCGGCUAAAUAUGAAUGUAUGGUGAAGAUUAUCGAGGCCCGCGGCUGA